GCUUCUGCAGGCGGCUUCUACUCCAAGUGAUGAUGGGGAAAAUCAGCUUCUCUCUGAUUCUCGCCCUGGCUCUGGUGACCCUCAGCACCUCUUCAGAGAGAAAGUGUGACCUGUCCGGACUGUGGCGGAAUGAGCUGGGCUCACUGAUGGAAAUAGAUAAAGUUAACGAUGCAGGAGAAUUUUCCGGCAAUUACCUCACAGUUGUGACGGCCACCAGCAACUGUAUCCGCAGCUCGCCCCUGAAGGGAGCCCAGCAUGACACGACACAGAGGAGCCAGCCGACCUUCGGCUUCACUGUGAACUGGGAGACGUUCUCGAACUCGACAACCGUCUUCGUAGGCCAGUGCUUCGUUGGUGAUAAUGGGAAGGAAACUCUGAAGACCAUGUGGCUGCUGCGUGAGAAGGUCGGAUCCCCUGGAGAUGGCUGGAGAGCGACCAGGGUCGGCACAAACGUUUUCACCCGGAAACGAAAUCUAGAGCCAGGGAAAAUCAUUCAGCAGCACUCUCCACCCUGUGAUACUCCAGUUCCACCAGCCCCAGCACAGUGAACACGCCCUCCAGCUCCACGGCUCCUGUGCCCACCCGGUCUGGAAUUGUCCUGGGCACUCUCAAGUGUGUCUCGCCCAGCAGAGUCGCCCGUCUCUGUCUCCACCUCCCCCUCGCUCGCUGGUUACCCCUCCCAGAAUCGCUGCCCGCGCCCCCAAUGCUGCAGUUUAGUUCAUUUCUCAGCAAUGCUCUAGUGCUGGAGGCAAAUGAGUGUCUUGUGUUUUUAUCGCUCUUGGCUUUUUCAGUCAUGGCGUCCAUCUGCCCCUCUCCUACUUCCCUGGAUGAUCCUGAAAUCUCUCCCAUUAGCUGGGGUCUUUCCAGGACUCUCCUGGCAGCUUUAUUGCCCUGGUUUGCUCCUUUCCUCGCUCUCCAUCAGUCUACGGCAGAGAUUGCACCAACCUUACUAAAGUCCCAGGGAAAUGGUGCUCCCGUUCCAAAUGGCCUUCACGUUAGCUCAGGGCUAGUCAGUGCUCCCAGCUCAAAGCUGCAUUUCUCUUAGAAAGUUUCAGCCCUUCAUGAGUUCUGGAUUCUA